AUGGCACCGGAGACGCAGCCGCACUUGCAGCCACCGCCGUCGUGGUCGGCCAUCCCGCAAGACCUGGCCGUCCUGGUGCUCCGCCUGCUCCCCGCGUACGUUGACCGUGCCCGCUUCGCCGCGGUGUGCCCGCAGUGGCGUGCCGCCGCGAGGCUGCCCCUUCCUCCGCCGCUGCCGCUGCUUGCUCUCCCCAACGGCACCUUCUACAGCCCCCCCUACACCAAGCCCUUCCGCUUCCCUGGCUGUGGCUUCGCCGGGUACCAGAGCGUCUGCGGGAACUGGCUCGUCUUCCCCCGUGACAACGGGUGCUUCCUGGUCGACCCCUUCUCCAGGGCCACCGUGACGCUCCCCGCUCUCUCGUGCGUCCGUCUCCGGCCUCCCAAUGCAGUCGCUGAACGGACAGAUUCAGAUAAACCAGUCUACGCCACAUGGAUGCAAAUCAGAGAAUCAAACAGGCUGCACAUAAGUAAGCUAAUCGUGUGCUCGCCAAACCUUGUUGCUGCGUUUGUUGGCUUCAGAGAUACCACUCAGAUUCUAAUGUGCCAGCCAGGGGCCUUGUCGUGGUCAGUACGUGCAUAUGAUAGGUGUAAGCGGUUCGAAGACAUGGCGUUCUACCAGGGAAAGCUCUACGCCAUUGCUGAUGACGAGAACCUCCUUGUGGUGAACAUCAGCGAGGACCAUAACACUGGCGAUCCACAGAUUUCAAAGAUUGGUAGGGUCAUUAAGGGUGAUCCUUGGUAUCCAGUUGCGUAUGAAGACGACACUACACCCUGCAAGAAGCUCUACCUGGUUGAAUCAUGUGGGGCGCUGCUGAUGGUACGCAGGGCGAUUUGGUGCCGCAUUCCUGGAGAAUCAGGUAGUAAACUUGUUGCUGGACAGAGCGUGUUUGAGGUUUUCAAGGCUGACUUUGAGCAUUCACGUUGGGACAAGGUGACGACCGUUGGGGAUGACCAGGUGCUGUUUCUAGGGCGGUGCUCCAGGGCUGUAUCUGUGUCUCAGUAUGACUUCCCAGGUGAUAAAAUCUUGUUCUUGGAUGACGACGAGUUGGAUGACUAUGACUAUGAGGACGAGAACAGUUGUGUCAGCACCUAUCAUUUGAGAUUCCACUGUGUGACCUGUGUCACUUCAGGCUAUCCAGGCAUAUACUGGAAGCGUGGCGGUGGUAUGCAUCUGGCAGCAUGGCUCUUCCCUCAGGACCGGUGAGAAGGAGUUAUACUGCUAGUCUGAUAUUUCUAUUCAUGCUGCUCCCAGUCCCAGCUUAUCUGAAAACGGCAUAGAUGUUGAAUGUUAAGUGGUUAUUUUGCAAGCUGCUCACAUGUUGUUAUCUCUCUGACUAUGGUGGUAUGGUGUUCGGUGGUAACCGCUAACAAGCCGUGAGAUGCAUCAGUAGUGUAUUUAUCUGAACUUUGUUAAUCUGUUAAGUGCCGUGCA